GGGGACUAACAUUCCGGGGAAGGUAGUUUCUGACUUUCCCGUGUAUAUAUACUUUGUUAUCAUUCAAGCAACUUUUUCAGCCUCAUCAUCAUCAUCAUCAUCAGCACCACCAUGGAAUCAAUUUUACUCAAAACCUUGUCAAUCCAUAACCACACAUUACAGCAGCAGGUCCCUUUUGUAGGCAUGGAUUGGUCAUGGUUGAUUGAGUUUCUUAAAGGUAUGGUGAAACCAGUUUGUGCCACUGCUGUUGUGUUUCUUGCAGUUGGCUUGUCCUUCUCACAGAAACUUGGUCUUGAAGUGGAGAUGAUUAUUGCUAUUCUUAGAGCUUUUGUUCAACUCUCCAUCAUUGGCUUUGUUUUGCAGUUCAUAUUCAACCAAGAAAGUUCUGGAUGGAUCCUCUUAGCAUACCUUUUCAUGGUGUCUAUUGCUGGUUAUACUGCUGGUCAGCGUGCGAAACAAGUACCUCGAGGAAAAUAUGUAGCUGGGGCUUCAAUUCUAACCGGAACUGCAAUAACCAUGUUUGUGCUAGUGGCACUCAGUGUCUUCCCUUUCACUCCAAGAUAUAUAAUCCCUGUCGCCGGCAUGAUGGUCGGGAACUCCAUGACAGUAACCGGAGUUACCAUGAAAAGACUCCGCGAUGACAUCAAAGCACAAAUCAACUUGGUUGAAACAGCAUUGGCUCUUGGUGCAACCCCAAGACAAGCAACACAUCAACAAGUGAAAAGGGCACUAAUUAUAGCACUUUCUCCUGUAGUGGAUAACACCAAAACAGUAGGUCUAAUAUCUCUUCCAGGGGCAAUGACUGGUCUUAUUAUGGGAGGGGCAUCACCCUUAGAAGCAAUUCAGCUACAAAUUGUGGUAAUGAAUAUGAUGAUAGGAGCUGCAACUAUUAGUAGUAUAAUGGUUACAUACUUAUGUUGGCCAGCAUUUUUCACUAAGGCAUACCAAUUGGAAACUAAAGUCUUUUCAACUUGAUUUCAUUGAUUCAUAAAUUAAUGUAACCAAAGUUUUUGUGUAUAUUUUAUUAGAUGUAAUUUUUUUUA